CCAUCACUAUUGAACGUGAACACGUCAGUUUUAGUUUAUAAUAUUUAUAUUUAUAAGUGAAAAGUUCUGUGCAGGUCACAAUUCUGAGUUAUCACUGGCAGCGAUGCCGACAGGGACAACCAGCACUCUUCAUAUCAAAUAUAAACUGAAAACAAUCUACUGACCGAGUCACAAUCAAUAGACUAAAAAGCAGACGGUGCCGAAAGCGUUCCAAAAUCGGGCAUAAAAUCCAUAGUAGCCAAGUUAUAAAAAGGCCGCUAGCGAAAGAGGGGGCGGGGUGCAACCGCACAGAUUAGCUGCUGCCACGCCAAACAGAUCUGACGUGCGUGUCGAUUCAAAAUCAACUCCAAAUCACGCCCACACAGGUUUUUGCGGGCUCAUCCAAGUACACGUAGCCAUCAACACAAUGGCCUUGCCAUUGAGUGACCUCCUCAUGGUCGGUGGCGGCGAAAAGAAGCUGGCCGCUUGCCUGCUUCUUCUUCUUCUGGAGCUCUUCCUGGAAGGCGCCGAGUCGGCGGCAAGUCCGGCGGACAUUGAGAACCAUCUGGAGCUGGGCAAGGAGCUCCUGGCCCGCGGUCAGCUGUCGGAUGCACUCACGCACUACCAUGCGGCUGUUGAGGGUGAUGCCAACAACUACCUGACGCUUUUCAAGCGAGGCACCGUUUACCUGGCGUUGGGCAAAACGCGAUUCGCUGUCCAGGACUUCAGCAGGGUCCUCGAGUUGAAGCCCGAUUUUACAGCCGCUCGUAUUCAGCGGGGUGUUGUGCACAUGAAGAGCGGCGAGUACGAGCAAGCAAUCGUGGAUUUUGAACACGUGCUGCAAGAGGAACCUAACAAUGGCUUGGUGCUGGAGCACUACUCCCGCUUGGCCCCCGCCCAGGAGCAAUGGCAGCUUGUACAGCAGCUGAUUCAGCAUAGCGACCACCAAAACGCCAUUUCCAUGAUCACACAGUUGCUUGAGAUCUCGCCGUGGGCCGUGCCCUUCCGGCAGGCUCGUUCAGAUGCCUAUAUUGCAAUCAACGAUCCGCUGUCCGCCAUUGCGGACUUGAGACAGGUGAACCGACUCUCGCAGGACAGCACGGAGGGUCACUACAAUAUAGCCGAGCUAUUGUACUCCAUUGGUCAUGCCACAAAUGCCUUGAAAGAAAUCCGCGGGUGCCUGAAAUUUGAUCCGGAGCACAAGCUCUGCUUCCCGUUCUACAAGAAGCUGCGCAAGGUUGAGAAGCAGCUGGUCAACGCAGAGCAGGCUCGCGAGGAAAAACAAUUUGCCGAGUGCAUAGCCGCCGGAGAGGCGGUGCUACGAAAUGAACCUGAAGUGAUAAUGAUCCGAUACGAGGGGCACAAGGUGCUCUGCAACUGCUACACUGGCGAUGAGCAGUUCGGCAAGGCGUUGCAGCAGUGCAAGGAAGCGCUGGAAAUUACGAAAGACGCGCAAGUCUACUGCGAUCGCGCGGAAGCACUGCUCGGCACUGAAAUGUACGACGAUGCCAUACACUCCUAUCAGGCGGCACUCGACUUGGACGAGAGCAAUUCCCGCGCGAAAGAAGGCAUUCAGCGAGCCAAGAAGCUGCAAAAGCAGUCGGAGCGCAGAGAUUACUAUAAGAUAUUAGGCGUUAAACGCAGCGCCAGCAAACAGGAAAUUGUUAAGGCAUACAGGAAGGCGGCGCAGAAGUGGCAUCCAGACAACUUCCGGGACGAGGAGAAGAAGGUGGCCGAGAAGAAGUUCAUCGAUAUCGCCGCCGCCAAGGAGGUGCUCACCGACCCCGAGAAACGACGCCAGUUCGACAACGGCGAGGAUCCCCUGGAUCCCGAGGGCAAUCAGCGCGGUGGCUUCCAUGGCGAGCAUCCAUUUGGGCACUUCCAGCACGGGUCGCCGUUCCAGUUCAAGUUCCACUUUAAUUAGUCAGCCAACGCCGUCAGCAGCCAUUUGCUUUGUGAUGUCCUAGCCGCGAUAUCCCGAUAUCCUUCGACGAUUUUACACUGUUUGUUUUGUUUAUUUGAAUGGCGUGUAAAUAGUAGCAUAAAGCAUACCACUCUCCCUGGUCCGUUGUCAGAGAGUGCCACACACACAAAUCGCAACAACACACACUGAGCACUUACAUUUAAUUAGUUUAUUUAAUACAAUACAAUAAUUAUAAUGUAGUACAUUUUUUCUAAAUAUGUAUAAAAAAGAAACAAUAUGCGAAACAAGCAAUUAAAGACUUGGCAAUUUGAACUGAA